AUGAAGAGAGAGGACCGCAACAGUCAUGAGGCCGCCAAGGCGAGCCUUGACACUGGUGUUCUGGAGCUGGAAUCGACGCCCCAGUUCUCUGCUGAGGCGGAGAAGAGGCUGGUGAAGAAGAUCGACUUUAUGAUCUUUCCCAUCAUGCUGGUCGCGUAUAUGAUGUCCUUUAUGGAUCAACAGACGCUAGAUUACUCGGCCAUCAGGGGCCUUUUGGAGGAUCUUGAUCUCCAUGGAAUGGAGUAUAGCUGGUCUUCCUCCAUUUUUCUACUUUGGUUAUCUCGCGUUCAGAGAUUUUAA